AUGAUCGUUCCUAUCAUUGUUCCUAUGAUCGUUCCUAUGAUCGUUCCUAUCAUCGUUCCUAUCAUCGUUCCUAUGAUCGUUCCUAUGAUCGUUCCUAUCAUCGUUCCUAUGAUCGUUCCUAUCAUCGUUCCUAUGAUCGUUCCUAUGAUCGUUCCUAUGAUCGUUCCUAUCAUCGUUCCUAUGAUCGUUCCUAUGAUCGUUCCUAUGAUCGUUCCUAUCAUCGUUCCUAUGAUCGUUCCUAUGAUCGUUCCUAUCAUCGUUCCUAUCAUCGUUCCUAUGAUCGUUCCUAUCAUUGUUCCUAUGAUCGUUCCUAUGAUCGUUCCUAUCAUCGUUCCUAUCAUUGUUCUUCACACUUCCUGA